AUGAGCUUUGAAGAAUUGAAAGAAAGGUACUCGAAAUUCCUCUCGAGAAGAGAUAAAUUCAGGAAUCCUAUUAGCUUUUGGGAUGGUGAUUUGGCUCCACCAGAUUUAAUUGGUUUAGAGGUGGGUUUACCAAAUGAGAACUUGUUUCCGAUCAAAGCAAUCGAUUUACACCUCGUGGACAAACCUUUUGAUGAUAAAGAAGCGUUUGUAGCUUCUAUGGAUAGGUAUGACAAUCCAGAAGGCCUGCCGAUUGCUAGAUCAUUUCAGUACUCUGAAACGCGUGGUAUGUUUCCAUUGAUAAACUUUUGUAAAAAGGUUAUUGGUACAGUGAACAAGCCUGCGUAUGACGAGUGGGAUGUUUUACUCUCUAAUGGGUCGAGUGAUUCGAUGUUUAAGAUUUUUGAGACUUUUUGCGACGAAUCCACCACUGUGCUGAUGGAAGAGUUUACUUUCUCGCCCGUUAUCUCGAACGUACAGAAUACAGGCGCUACUUGUGUGCCCAUUAAAAUGGAAUUGACAACAGAUCCCGCUAAACAAGGGAUCGAUAUCGCUUAUCUGACACAUUUGUUGGAAAAUUGGACCACUAUCCCACAAUAUUCGCACUUAAAUAAACCAAAAAUGAUUUACACCAUAGCUACGGGUCAAAAUCCAACUGGUAUGACCCUAUCAAUGGAAAAGAGACGUCAAAUUUAUGCAUUGGCCCAAAAACACGAUCUGCUUAUUUUGGAAGAUGAUCCUUAUGGCUAUUUGAGAUUCUCACCUUAUGAUCCAGUGCAUCCUCUUAAGAACCUUUACACGGAUGAAAGUCACAGUUUGACAGUCGAGGAUUAUUUGCAAAAAAUGUUGGUCAAGUCGUUUAUGACACUCGAUACUGAUGGCCGUGUGAUCAGACUCGAGACCUUCUCCAAACUGUUUGCUCCUGGUUUACGUCUAGCUUAUAUCGCUGCAAACAAAUUCAUCAUUGAGAGGUUACUCAAUUUCACAGAAGUUACUACAAGGGCUCCAAGUGGUGCUUCUCAAGCUAUUGUUUACACGACCAUCAUGGCGCUCGGAAGUAAAGAAACAGCCGCUGAUGAAAUGGAUGCAAUGUUUUUGGGUUGGAUCAAAUGGGUAAUGAAGCUCGCAUCAGCAUACACUCAUAGAAGAAACGUUACUUUCAAAGCUUUGUAUGAAACGGAAGCCUACAAAAAGAACUUCUUCACUGUUCUGGAACCAUCUGCUGGAAUGUUUAUCGAUAUCAAGGUCAAUUGGCCAACACCACCAACGGGAGACAAGAAAGAGUUGAUGAGCCAGCUGAACAAAAUAAUUAUCAAGAACGGAGUGAAAGUUGUGCUAGGGCACAAGAUGGCUGUCGACCAGGACUUCUCCUCCGAUUCCGCCGAUUUCCUAAGACUAACCGUUGCAUACGCCAAGGAUGAAGAUCAAUUGACUGAAGCAUGCCAUAGAAUCGGUAAAGGGUUCGUAGAGCUUUUCAACAUGUAG